AUGUCGUGUCCUCACCUGGAGUCUGCCGGCCUCGCGCCCCCGACUCCGGCUCAGUCUGUUUACCGAGAGGACUGCACGCAGUGCUUCGACUCUAUUGACGACCCGAGCGGGCUCGAUGUCUGCCUCCAGUGCUUCAACGGCGGCUGCGCGGGCGACCGCCUGCACACGCGGCUUCACAACACCCUCUGGGGCCAUCCGCUAGCCCUCAACAUCCGCCGUACCCGAAAGGCCGUCGUGCGAGACGAGCCGCCCCCUAAGAUGUCCAAGCUCGCCAUAGCCGCCGAGACCGAGGCGGACCGCUACGAUACGGCACUUGCCGCCAAGUGCCUCGAGUGCAACACCGAGCUCGACAUUGCCGGCCCCAAGCUGGCGCCCAUCGUCGACGGAAUCAUCAAGGCCAACACUUUCUCGCGCAACGAGGAGGUCAAGGCCUGGGAGCAGGAGCUCACGAGCUGCGAGCACAUCCUCCUGAUGCAGCAGCACGAGCCGCGCCGCAUCGAGCAGGGCGACCUGGGCCACUGCUCCAAGUGUGACCUCAAGGAGAACCUCUGGUUAUGCUUGGAAUGCGGGAACCUGGGCUGCGGACGGAAACAAAUGGGAGGUGUCGACGGAAACUCUCAUGCGCUGAGCCACUCGGACGAGUCUGGCCACGGGGUGGCUGUCAAGCUCGGAUCCAUCACGCCCGAGGGCACCGCCGACAUCUACUGCUACAAGUGCGACGAAGAGCGCGUCGACGAUAAUCUCGACACGCACCUGGCGCACUGGGGCAUCAUGCUCGCGGAGCGCCAAAAGACGGAGAAGAGCCUGACGGAGAUGCAGAUUGAGCAGAAUCUUAAGUGGGACUUUAGCAUGACGACCGAGGACGGUAAGGAGUUGACGCCUCUCUUCGGCCCGGGUCUCACCGGUCUUAAGAACCUGGGCAAUAGCUGCUACUUGGCCAGCAUCAUCCAGUGCCUCUUCGACAUGCCGUCUUUCCGCGAGCGGUAUUACAGGACCGCCGAUCAACUUCCGGUGGUGCAGGAGCCGGCCGCUGACCUGGAGACGCAGCUGCGCAAGAUGGCGGACGGGCUUUGCUCUGGACGGUAUUCGAAGCCGGACGACUCGGUGAUUGCCGAGUCGGAGGUUCACCACCAAAAGGGCCUGGCACCUGCUAUGCUCAAGCACCUCAUCGGGCGCGGCCAUGAAGAGUUUUCCACCAUGAGACAGCAGGACGCGCUAGAACUUCUCCAGCACCUCUUCAAGCUGAUAACAAGGUCAAAGCACGAGGGCGGCUUCAAGGAUCCCACUGCGCCGUUCCGCUUUGUCCUGGAGCAGAGGCUGCAGUGUCUGGGCUGCCGCAAAGUCAAGUACAGCACCAACGAGCAGGACAGCAUCUUCAUCGACGUACCCUUGGAGAAGCUGCCCGCUGAAGAAGGGGCCGAGGACAUUGGCGACAAGUACAAGGCCGUCACACUCAAGGAGUGCCUUGACACCUUUACGGGCGCGGAAAAGGUCGAACUGACAUGCACCGCCUGUGGCGGUAAGGAUGGUUUCACGAAGCAGUCGCUCUUCAAGACAUUUCCGGAUGUUCUCGCCGUCAAUGCCAGGAAGAUGACGGUGGUGAACUGGGUGCCAAUCAAGGUGGAUGUGCCGGUCAUUGUACCGGACGAGCCGUUCCUGCUGGACAGCUACCUGUCCAAGGGCUUGCAGCCGUCGGAAGAGCUCCUCCCUGACGAGCCCGAGGGACAAGCCCCAGCAUUCGUGCCGGAGCCGACGGCUCUGGCCCAGCUCGAGGGGAUGGGCUUCCCGCGGAACCGGUGCGAAAAGGCACUGCACGCCACGGGCAACUCGGACGCCAACGCCGCAAUGGAAUGGCUCUUCGGCCACAUGGAGGACCCUGACAUUGACGCCCCUCUUGAUCUCGGACAAGCCGGAGGCUCUGCGGGCGCCACGGCGGAUCCCGAGAAGAUUGAGAUGCUGGGAGCAAUGGGCUUCGGAGCGCCUCAGGCGAAAAAGGCACUCAAGGAAACGGGUGGCGACGUCGAGCGUGCCGUCGAGUGGUUGUUCAGCCACCCCGACGACCAGGGCCUGUUUGAGGACGACGCCGCGCCCAGCGCCGAGUCCGCUGCCCCCAAGGAGCCGGCCGGGAGCGCGGCGCUGCCGGCCAGCUUCCAGCUACAGUCGAUUGUGUGUCAUAAGGGAACCAGCAUCCACGCGGGUCACUAUGUGGCGUUCAUUCGCAAGCAGCUGGAGGGUGAGGGCGAGAAGUGGGUGCUCUUCAACGACGAGAAAGUGGUGGAGGCGCACGACGUGGACGAGAUGCGCAAGUUUGCGUACGUCUACUUUUUCAAGCGGACCUAG